AUUUUUGUAUUUUUUAGUAGAGACAGGGUUUCUCCAUGUUGGUCAGACUGGUCUCGAACUCCCAACCUCAGGUGAUCUGCCUGCCUCGGCCUCCCAAAGGGCUGGGAUUACAGGCAUAAGCCACCGCGCCCAGCCGCUACAAAUACCUUUUAAGCUCUCUCUUUUUUCAGCAUCCAUACAUUCUUUUUCCAAUCUCUAGAUCUGCUACUGGCCUCAUCCCUACAGACAUUAUAUGAAUGAAUGCCUUUUUUUUUUUUUUUUUUUUUUUUUUUUUUUUUGAGACAGAGUCUUGCUCUGUCCCCCAGGCUGGAGUGCAGUGGCGCGAUCUCGGCUCACUGCAACCUCCGCCUCCCAGGUUCAAGCGAUUCUUCUGCCUCAGCCUUCUGGGUAGCUGGGACUAUAGGCGCGCGCCACCACACCCGACUAAUGUUUGUAUUUUUAGCAGAGAUGGGGUUUCACUAUAUUGGCCAGGCUGGUCUUGAACUCCUGACCUCAUGAUCCGCCCACCUUGGCCUCCCAAAGUGCUGGGAUUACAGGCGUGAGCCACCACACCCAGCCCGAAUGAAUGACUUCUUUUCCAUUAUCCUCCCAGCACCAAAAAGGAGACUAACUACCCAGCCCAGUCCAGUCAUGCAGGUGCAGGAUGAUGGAGUCAACCUCAUCCCCUUUGCCAAGUGUUCCAGGGUGGUCAGCCGAUCUCCACCCCCAAGGUUGCCUUCCCAGAGCCUCAGACCCAUGCCCCAGCGUUAUGGAGAUGUCUUCUGGAAGAACCUUAAUCAAAGGCCCAGCCCCACUUGGCUGGAGGAGCAGCACAUUCCACCCAUGCUGAGAGCCACUGGUUGCUCCCAGCUUGGUCUGUAUCCUCCUGAGCAGCUCCCACCCCCUGAAAUGCUUUGGAGAAGAAAGAAGAGGAGGCCAUGUUUGGAAGGAAUGCAGCAGCAGGGCCUUGGGGGAGUCCCCGCCCGGGUGAGGGCUGUCACUUACCACCUGGAGGACCUAAGAAGGCGUCAGAGCAUCAUCAACGAACUGAAGAAGGCCCAGUGGGGCAGCUCUGGGGCUGCAUCUGAGCCAGUGGUGCUUGGCGAAGAGGGCUGUGGAUUCCCCAGCACCAAUGAAUACCCUGAUCUGGAAGAGGAGAGAGCAACCUAUCCACAGGAAGAGAACCGUUUUCUCACUCCUGACAGGGCCCAGCUGCUUUGGUCUCCCUGGAGUCCCCUGGAUCAGGAGGAGGCUUGUGCCUCCAGGCAGCUGCACUCUCUGGCCUCGUUCAGCACUGUCACAGCCAGAAGGAACCCCCUUCACAAUCCCUGGGGGAUGGAGUUGGCAGCGUCUGAAGAGUAAGGAGAAACCACCGAUGCCGAGAGGCUAGUGGUGCCCCAGGGACCCAAGACUAGUUCCGUCACUAAAGUCACCCUCAUUGCUGACAUGAAGGCGUUUCCCCUUCCUUAGUCUCUCCAACUGCCUUUCCCAUCCUCUGAACUAGGCAUGAACAGCCCCCCUGGGCUCCCAUCUCAACCCACCGCUCUCACAGGAGCACCCCAAGUCCUGUUUUCCUCCAGGCCCCGCUCCUGGCCUUGUAUUCUCUCUGCUCUGUUAUUAAAAAGCAAGCAAGUGGA